GUAGCUCGAACAAUGAAGCCAUCAAACCCCUUCACAAAGAUAUAUAAACCUGACCUCUUGGUCGACUUCUUUCCCAUCUUCCAACUCUUCGGCCUCAACUUCAAUAACUUGACUAUUCAAUCCACAGACUAGCUCUCACUACAACUACAACUUCAUCAGCAUCAUGCUUUUCGCUCUUCCCGUCCUCGCUACCCUCCUCUCUGUCAGCGCUGCUCCUUGGAGCUCGCCCUCCACUUCGUGCCUCAUCAACGGCAUCAGCAUUCUCGACUGCACCAGUCUCGACAUUCUGUCCUUUGUCGGACCCGAUGGCAAGACUCAAUGCUCUGUCAACGGAGUCACCGUUGGCGACUGCUCGACCAUCGAUAUCGGAUCGAUCCACCUCAAGCGGCACGAAGAGGAACCUCGAUCUGGAUCCACCGGAGGAGGUGCUUCGACUUCUUGCCUCAUCAACGGUAUCAGCAUCCUUGACUGCACUUCGCUCAACAUCCUCACCAAGGUCCUCGGAAACGGCAAGACCGAAUGCAUCGUCAACGGUGUAGAUGUCGGUGAUUGCUCUACCAUCAACGUCGGAAGCAUCAUCAAGCACCUUCCUCUCAAGCGAACCAACUCGCCUUCUACCCAAUGCGUCAUCAACGGUGUCUCCAUUCUCGACUGCUCCACCAUCAACAUUCUCUCCAAGCAGAUCGGCAGUGGCAAGACCGAAUGCAUCAUCAACGGUGUCGAUGUCGGAAGCUGCACCUCGGUCAAUGUCCUCUCCGGAGUCAAGAACCAAUCCAAGGCAAAGUGCAUCGUCAACGGAGUCAGCGUUGGAUCCUGCUCGCUCAUCAACCUCUUGAGCUUGCUCCAUCUCGUUUAGAGUGCAGAGAUCGCUCUCGCUCCCAGCGACUCGGUGUCAACGCACACUACGACAAGGUUCUUCUUUUUGCUUUUCACGACUCUGAGACUCUAUCUACCUUGAAUCGAAAACCGAACGACUCUUUGAACAACGCCAGGAAAACAGGAAAACAACGAAAAAAAGGGGAUGGAGAAUGGGCUUGAUAUCACUGUAGCGCUUUUCUAUGCAAAGUGUGAAUUCUUCAGCUCCUCUGCCACCCCAAUUUGGCUGGCCCAGCCUUUGU